GGCUGAGUAAAACCCAAGGGAACCCAGAUUCCGCACUCGGGACCCAGAAACUGAAACCCGCCCUGGUAUUCACGACUUCUUAAAGGAAAGAGAAUCUACCUGCGGUUUUCCAUCAUUUUCUCUACGCUUUAGGGUCUAUUUUCAUGCCCAAAACCUUAAGAAUUGGGUAUGAGAAAUCCUAUUAAGUGAUUAGAAGCAUUUGGGGUGUCGACGGGUCUCUGACAUGUCUUGUUCAAAGAAGAGUCCUGGAAAUUCUGGUAAGAAUGCUGGGAAGCGAAAUCUUCCUUCAUGGAUGAGUUGUCAAGGGAAUGAAAAUGAGUCUUGUGGAAAGAAACAAGCUGGUGCUUCUCAAGGUGAGGAAAGUAAUGGUGGUGGGAAUACUAAGCAAGCCAAAGGGCAUAGUAAGCAAUGUACCGGGUCCGGAAGUACAUCUGCCAAGGAGAAUAGCAAGACUUCUGCAUCCAGUUCGGCAGCUACAAACUUUUCCAAGCUUCUGGAAGGGGUAGUAUUUGUACUGUCAGGUUUUGUUAAUCCUGAGCGUAGCAUUUUGAGAUCACAAGCUCUGGAAAUGGGAGCAGAAUUUCAGCCUGACUGGAAUUCCGGAUGCACGCUGUUGAUUUGUGCAUUUCCUAACACCCCAAAGUUUCGACAAGUUGAGGCAGAUUGUGGGACUAUUGUUUCAAAGGAAUGGAUAUCAGAGUGUUAUUCACAGAGGAAGCUCAUUGAUAUUGAAAGCUACCUGAUGCAUGCUGGGAAACCCUGGCGUAGAAGUGACAGUUCCUGUAAAACCAACCUAGAUCCAAAAGCAUCCCCACCUAGAAAAUCUCAAAAGCAAGAUAGAUCAUAUUCAAAACCAAUUACCUCAGGAGUUGCAGAGUUGAAUAAAGCUCCUAAUGCUGCAAAACAGUACUUUUCUCCUUCUGAAGUGAAGAAGUGGGCCAUUGACGAUUUUAACAAUACAAUCUCAUGGCUUGAGAGUCAAGAAGAAAAGCCAGAGCCAAGUGAGAUAAAGAAAAUAGCGGCUGAAGGGAUUUUGACUUGUUUACAAGAUGCAAUCGAGUCUCUUGAACAAAAGCAGGAUGUCUGCAAACUAACCGAGGAGUGGAAAUUCGUGCCUCGUGUGGUUGAGGAGCUGGCAAAGCUUGAUGGUGUGAGAGAUAAUAAUACAGGAUCAAUGUCUAAGAAAAAUCUUCGUAGACAUGCUAUGGAAUGCAAACGAAUUUAUGAGGUGGAACUUAGUAGUUUAGAAGACACUUCAUUAAGGAAGAACAAAAGGCAGCCAAAGGGUGAUGAACAGAAGAAAGAUGGCAAAAGAAUUAAAAGUGCUGGCGGUGGUACAGCAGGAUAUGACAGUGAUGAAACUGUGGAAAUGACAGAAGAGGAAAUUGACCUUGCAUACAAUACCAUAUCUUCUAAGAUCCAUAAAUACUGAAAUGAAGUCUCUCCUGACACUGAAAGAUUGCAAGGCAGGCAAUGUUUUGUUAAAUCCACAAUUUCCCAAUCUAACCAAUUUUGUUUUUUGGUUUUUUUCCCUCCCCCCCUUGUAUAUAAUGAAAAAUAUGAAAAAAAAGGGAAAAAAGAAAAGAAAAAAAUACAACAAAAACAUUUAUUUCCCCCAUUUUGAGAAGGCAUAUAACAUUGAAAAAUGUAGGGUCUUUGGAAGCCUAUCUCCUACGUUGACAGAACUUCAAGAGGGAUGAGACCCAGUCCAAGUAUAAGUCAGAUUCAGAGGUUUUUCUUUAUUAUUAUGGAGGGAAUGAAACAGACGAAUUGUAUGCAACUGAUCCUACAGGGCAUUCACAUUACUAUUUUGGUGGUCUUUCUUAAUUGAAUGUCGCCAUUGGGUA